GGAGACUCCAUCACUUGAACCCGGAGUUUGCUGAUUUGGGAAAUCUAACUAGCUGGUUCAAUAUGAAGACCCCAUCUCUGCUGCUCACAUACCAGGAUUACAGGUUCCAGGCUGGCUCUGUUGCUGCUCUCCAUUGGCCACACCUGGCUGCUGAAAGGGCCUCGGACUGGAUGAUGAGUCUCCCCACUCUCGAGGGAGCUGCCAUGAGCCAAGGCACGCAAGUAUCAACCAAUGCUCGAGCAUGUUGUAUGUCAGAAAGGAAACCUGUAACUGAGCAUGGGGCUUCCAGCUGCCAAGCAGGGCUUCACCAGCAGGCAACCUUAGCCACCACAUCAGGGAAGAAGGCCUGCUGGAGCCCGUCAUCUGGAUUGCCACACGACUGAUGAAAAGGACAUGUGCAGCCCAGCAGGUGCCUCCCCACUACGGCUCAGUUAGGGCCUAAUGAUGAGAAGCAGGAACAGGAGAGCAGUGUUGGGGCUGCCAAGAUCCCUUUUUACAUGUACAGGAGCCAGCCAAUGAGCUGCCAGGCUGAGGCUGCUCCCCAGAGCUGAGGCAAGGUCUAGCCGAUUUUCUUUGGAUGCCAUUUAGAGGCCGAGACUAUCCUGAACGUUCUCAGCUCUAUGGUACCAGAUUUAAUCUUCCCAGCCAGGGAGAAGAGGGUUUUCUGAAACUUGUCCAUGGGAACAUGGGAUUCUGCUAUCAACAGACCCUGAAGAGGAAGCCAAUAGCUGUGGACACCACAUCCACUUUCUAGUGUGUCGUUUUAAGGGCUCAGGAAAGACGUGAAAAAGAGAUCUCACUGCCUCUUGUGACUGCUGAUAUUUGAGAAGUAUCCCCAUGGCUCCUUAUCACAUUCGCCAGUACCAGGAGAGGGACCGCAAAAGGGUCCUGGAAUUGUUCUCCAGGGGCAUGGAGGAGCAUGCCCCUGCCACCUUCCGCCACCUGCUGAAACUGCCCCGAACCCUCCUGCUCUUACUUGGGGUGCCUCUUGCCACAGUCCUGGUGUCUGGCUCCUGGCUCCUGGCUGUUGUAUGCAUCGUCUUUCUGCUUCUCUUCUUGCGGUUCCUUGCCGGCCAGCCCUGGAAGAAUUAUGUGUCCAUGUGUUUGCACACAGACAUGGCUGACAUCACUAAGUCCUACCUGAGUGUGCCUGGCUCGGGUUUCUGGGUGGCUGAGUCUGGGGGACAGGUAGUGGGGACAGUGGCUGCUCGGCCGGUCAAGGCUCCCCCAUCAGGGAGGAAGCAGCUGGAGCUUUUUCGCCUGUCUGUGUCCUCACAGCAUCGAGGACAGGGGAUGGCGAAAGCCCUGGUCAGAACUGUCCUCCAGUUUGCACGGGACCAGGGCUACAGUGACCUUGUCCUUGAGACCAGUGUCAUACAGCAAGGUGCUGUGAGCCUCUAUGAGGCUAUGGGAUUCCAGAAGACAGGCCUAUUCUUACUGGACGGCAUUGUCGGAAGAGUCAUUGACUUUUUUGUAAUUCGUUUCAUGUACCCACUCCCUUCUGCUCAGGAACCCAGACUUUGAUCUUAUUUCUUUCCAUAUCUGCCACGCUCCAUUUCACUGUACUGUAACAAGGAAACCCUGAUAUUUCAGUGGACAAAUAAUAAAGGCAUGUUUUUCAGGC